CCCAUGAAAGGUCACACUGGCGAUUUUUGGCGUGAUUUCGUUUGACUUAAGUUUUUUUAUUUACUCCGGCUUGGCAGGAUUUUAAACAUGGUAUUUCAACUACCCACCACUACAGCCGCUCCGAUAGGAGGUGCUUCCAGCUUCUCCUUUGGUACUUCACCCGCUGCAGCCGCAGCUCCGGCAACAACAGCCGCUGUUCCCGCCACAAAACCCACAUUCUCAUUCGGAGGACCACCGGCUGCUUCUAAUCUCGGCGGAGGUGAUGCGGACAGCAGCAAGACACAGGCCCCACCAGCCUUCGGUGGCUUUAGCCUGACGACAUCUUCUGCAGCUCCUCUCACGCUGGGCAGUCAACCCGCCAAUCCUGUUGCCACUUCUGCACCGGCGAUUGCAACUUCCGCAGCUCCUCCAGCCUUUGGAGGCUUCAUGGCUCAGCCGACGGCAGCAGUAGUGCCAACCUUAGCGACCAGUACAGCCAACACCGCUGCUCCCGCCACAGGAUUGCUGGGGGGCACAGGAUUGGGAAUUGCCAAGAGCACUGCGGCGGCUCCCACCACUUUGACUGCGGCUCCAACCUCCAUCGCUCCCCAACUGGGAGCUGCUGCAGCACCAACUCUUAGUACCGGUGGGGCUUUUGCCAAUCUUACCACCGAGACCAAGACCACAGACUCCGCGUCCGUUUCCACGGCCUCUCAGUUGUCUUACAAUCAACUGGAAGAGCACAUCAACAAGUGGACUUUGGAGUUCGAGGAGCAGGAGAAGGUUUUCACCGAACAGGCCACGCAGAUCAACGCCUGGGACAAACUGCUCAUCAGCAACAAUCAGAAAAUUGUGGAGCUCAACGAUGCUGUAAAAAAGGUGAAAACCGAUCAACAGGUGCUCGACCAGGAGCUCGAGUUCAUAGCCACGCAGCAAAAGGAGCUGGAGGACAGCUUGGCGCCGCUGGAGAAGGAGUUUGUGAAUCUUCCACGAGUGGACAUGGAACGCAGUCAGACCUACUUGAUGGUGGAGAACCUGGACACACAGCUGAAGCAGAUGUCCGAGGACUUGAAGGAGAUUAUCGACAACCUUAACGAAGCCAACAAGGGCCAGGACACCACUGAUCCCAUCAUUCAGAUCGGCAAGAUCCUCAAUGCCCACAUGAGCUCGCUGCAAUGGAUCGAAUCGCAGUCGACGAACAUCUGCAAAAAGCUGGACGACAUUGGCAAGAUUCAAGACUCCCAGAAGCGGGACAUCUUUCGAGCUCCCUACUAAUAGUUAUUCUCUUAAAGCUUGUUAACUUGUAACUUUAAUAAAAGAUCCACUGUAACUACAAA